CACAUAUGUGUAUGCACGGAUAUAUGCUAAUGUAUGUUUGAAACCUCUGUCACAGAACGAAUCAACCGGUGAUCUAGAUGACAACAGGCUGAUUGACGGUGUCACAGGCGAAUCAAACAUCUACAAACGCCGAGGAGAACAGCCGCCCAUCGCAGGAGAACGUCAGCAAAAUCCCAAGCGCAUUCGCUUUGUUAUGGAUCUGAGUGGAUCGAUGUACCGUUUCAAUGGCUUCGACGGACGACUCAACCGCAUGAUCGACUGUGCGUGCAUGAUCAUGGAGAGCUUUGACAACUCGUCUGAUGCCAUUCGCUAUGAAAUAUACGGCCACUCGGGCGAAGAAGCGGAUGUUGCACUGGUGACAGAAAGUAACACACCAACCAACGAGAAGGAACGGCUGCAAGUGCUGGAGACCAUGCACGCACACUCCCAG